UGGCUUUUCUCACAACAGUAGCGGGGUGGGGGACUGUGUGGUGGCUGAAGUGUGCAUUCAUAACAUGACAGCAGUGUACUGAUCAAAGCAUUGUACUGCAGCCCAGACUUAAACCAUAUCUAAUCAAAGUUUGACUGAAGAUUUUCUGUAGUGUCCUGGUUACGUCAAUAUUUGUUGCCAGAUUUUUUUGUUCAGAAACUCUCACUGUAAAAAUAAAAUAGGCUUACAUGUAAUUUGUCGAAGAUAAGAAUCGUGUUUUCUCUGCAUUAUUGCUAAGGAAUUAUUUCAUACAUUUGUGUUCUAAUCAAGAAUCAAGUCAAUGAAUGAACUGACGCAAUCGAGGGAUUUAAUAUUCAAGAGUUUAUAUUUUCACUCACGACAUGGAUUAACAUCUCACAAUAACGUCUUAUCAUGAACAAUAAUCUUCAUCACUAAGGAAUCAUUGUCUAGCAAUUUCAAAUCUGAACUGGAUAUGAACGAAACAAAUAAUUUACGUUGAGAUACAUUUUUAUUUUGUUUUAUAAAUAUGGAUAAACACCAUAUUGCGAAUGUAUCUCGGACUUCAUGUACAUACUAGCCGCAAUGGAAUGUGGCGUGUCUGUCAUUCAUUUCAUUUGUUUGGCUCAAAAGUAAGAAAGACGAAUCCUUUAAUUUCCUAGUUUCGUUUUGUGGAUUCUCUACGGCAUUAAAAUAUUUCGCACUUUUCUUUCGUUUCUGUUGUGAGCAAAUAUAAUUUUUAGAAGAAGCCGAAACAAGAAAACGAAACAAAAUUUGUGAGGCUUGAUUACAGACUUGUAUUAGCAGUGGAUUAAAAAGUUCACUUUGAGUUAUCCCGACGUAUGGAACGAAGCAGAGUUGUCUACUAUGCCAAGACGAAAACAUAUAAAGUCAUCCAUCCACCUGCGUACAACAGGCAGCAUUCAGCUCCAGACGAUGAAACUGGACACGCCCCGUUAGCCUCUGGUGAGGCGGACUUUCCUUCUACACCUUUGCAGCAAAGUCAUCUCAGGAUCCGAAGUCUGAGCAAAGAAAGGCGGACAACCAACUCGCCUUCAUCGGGUUUUGAACCUAACACUUACUUCAACUGGGACCACGGCGAGAGAGGAGCGAAGCAAAUGGUUUAUCUGGAUAGAAGAGAUGGCGGCCACUUCCCACAGAAAGAGAUGCUGCUGAGGAAAGCGCCAUCUGCUCGGAAAAUUUAUCCCGGGCCAGUCGUGACCGCGCCUGUGUCCCCCGUUUCACCUACUCGCUGCCUUCCACCAAGAUCUCUUUCCAUUCCUCGAUCUUCAAACACUUCUAACGCGGAAAUGGCUCGGCCGAAAUGUGGUCCCAAAACUGGAACGGAUGAUGUUCACAUGACGUCAUCCAUCACGAAAACUACGGGAGGUUACAUUAAGCAAACUGUACUCUCUAACAUUCCAUAUUCCUCGCAUGAUAAAAGAGAUCGCAAUAUCCCCAGACCGGAACUCUCUGUCUCCAAAAGUUCCAAAAACACAAUCGUGACAGAUGAAGUUGACAGUGUUGGACACUUUGUACAGUCAGCGAAGGAUGUCAAAUUGGUCCAAAAUAAUCCCGUUGUGAAAAACAAACUUCAGGAUGUGCCCGACGGUAAUUUUCCACACAAAGACCAAAUCUCGAAUAAAAACGAUGAUGUGGUUAUACACUGGACUGUGAACGAGCAGAACGCCAUUAUUUGCCGCAAACUUUCGAUUAGAUCCACGAAGUCGAAUUCGGAAAAUGAAGACGAUGACAUUCGGGAGCCAAGAAAGUCCAACUCCAAAGUCAACGAGACCUCACCCGAAUUUUCCAGCAGUGUCCAUCACGAUGAGCGCUACAAUUCUGAUAAAGACUCCGGAGUCCAAUCAGACAAUACAUCACAGAAUUCAGAAAGUCAAAGCUCAGAAACAGCUGCCUCGCCGAGCAGUCCUAUGUCUAAAUGGAAAAGAAAUUCUUUACGAAUGGCUACUCAGGGAUUUAUCAGUAUGUCAGACUUAACCAACUCAGUGGAAUGUCUACAGAUUUUCUCCCAGGAUAAACUGAAAAGCUUAGCGUCGCCUUCAUCGGAUAAAUAUCUAGAUACAAUUCAACAAAGCAUUCCCUCAACACCUACGGCUAGUGAUGUGCUCUUUUCCAGUAAUGGUCAAAUAUAUACCUUCUUUGAGCAAUUAAACACUUCAAAUCCUAAAUCUGGUGCUCCAAAUUCUCAACAAAACAAGAAUGAGCUACGGUUAUCUACCUCAGGCUCGCCAACUACUUGUCCAGCGGAAUCCACGAGCUUGGACAUAAGCCCUAAUAACAGAAACGGACAUACUGGCCUCAUCAAGAGAAAUUCGUAUGCCUUGGCCACAGCGAGUAAUUCGAAUAUAAAUUUUAUAAAUAGUGAGUCAGACAUUAACUUGGCUUCGCAGAAAUCUAGAAUGAAUUCCACUGUAGAUAGAUAUAGAAAUAAACCCAUGACAGGCACACAUAAUCAUCCUUUGUCUCCCAGGCUCGUCAGAGAAGACAGCAUAAGCAGCAGCCCCCAUGAUUCAUCGUUUGGCAGCUUCUACUCCUGCCAGAGCGCUAAUUUCGUGUCAGCAAAGUCAAGCCCGUUUUUGGACAGGGUAGAUCAGAAUAGUAAACCACAGAGAAUCCAGGCCAGAAGAAUUAGCGACCAGCCAAGUUUACCGCCACAUGGUAGUGACGAAGAGUCAGAGAGCACUAGCAUGUACUAUACAGCUUCUGACACUAGUUUCCCAGAAACUAGCAUCUCUCCAAGAUCCACGCAAGACAGCAAAUCCACGAGCCCAAAGUUUGUACAGCCAAAUCCGCCCAUGACCACGAGAGGCCAGAAAAUUCCCAUAAGCACACAACACAUCGGCUUGAGUCCGCGGUCAUUUAAAAAACUUAAGGCUGUAGUCCAGUGUUAUGGAUGCGGUCUAGACAAAGGGCAUUCCCUUGUGAUGAUGAAUAGAGCCCAGAAAGGGAACCCAGAUUAUAGCAGGGAAAGAACUACGUCAAGUAGUCAAAGGACAGUCACUUCGUUACCUAGACUACAUGAUCCGAAAUUUAGAACUAACGCGAGAAUACCAGAUAGCAGAUUUAGAUGCAAAUCCACCCCAACUGUUAGAUUAAGAAAUUUUGAGCUAAAUCUUGACAAUGAUAGUGACCUAUUUGAUGAUAAUUCUCUAAGCUCGCCUGAUUCUGACUAUGACUGGUCAGAGAUGCCCAGAAGUCCUCCAGCUUUAGGUCGACCUAAACGAAAAGUCUAUGCUGGCUUUGACAGUCAGCCUCUUCCGAUGGACAGCUUCUAUAGUGAUUCGUCUAGCUGUUACACAGACUGUGGUUCUUGGAGUUCUAGGGCGACCAGCAAAUCUGCAGAAGUGGAGCGCUCCUACCAUGGCUCCAUCGAAAACCUGGUCUCAGCCAUCCGUUCCGCGUCUGCGGAAGCUGUGGACACUAUCACCCCGACGAGGCAAAUGUCUCAGAACACACUGCUUGACUUUUUUCGGAUCAGCGGCAAGCAGUCGUCGGUGUGUGAGAACAACCACAACGUGUACGUGAACGUAGAGAGUUACGACAGCGACGACAAACUGAAAGACUCGUACGGGGCCAAGACUUUCAGCAACGAGAGUCUACAUUCCAACCUUUCGACUGCCACCACCACGAGCUUCCAGCAGCGCGGCUACGCCAACUACAACAGUGGGGAUUACAACAGUCUCCCCGAGGAUGAAGUGCCGGUGAAAACCGGCCAGCAACACUACAGUGACUGUCACAAGGAGGGACAACAUUACAGUAAUAACUUAAGACGAAAUAACGAGUUGAGGGUGGAUUGCGCACCUCACCGUAACAAUAGACAAUCGUUUGACUUCAAAUUUCGGAACAGUGAAGAGUUUCUUAGCAAUUCCUGGGGAAAUAACAAUGUGGAUGGCAGAGUGCAACAGAAACCACUGAAAGCUUCCUCCUCCGCUACAUUGUCAAGGCCGAAGUAUCAUACCAAGAGGAGGUAUCUCUCCUCUAAGGACAUUAUCGACCUUCUCGUCAACCCAGACAGACGGCCCCAAGCGCCAGGGUCGUCGUCACUGGAAAAACAAGCCCAGAAGGUCUGCCGAGUCAUCUUGUGCUGUAACGACAUGGAAGCCUCCAUUCACAGUGGGCAGUAUCAGUUCUAAGUGUAAACAUCAUGAUCACGUGAUAAAAACAAACAAACUAUUUUUAAACCUAGAAACUGACUUUCUUGCAGUUUUCACUAGAAAUAUUUUUUCCCCCCUACAAGGAGAAAGUUCAAAAUUGAAUACAAAGUGCUUUAAAGUAAAGACUAUUGGUACCUUUUAGUCAUGAGUCAUGUUUUGCUUUUAUGUGUAAGGGACAGAUAUAGAUUUGGUUUUUUAUUUUAAUGAAAUAUAUGAAUAUGAAGCUUCAUUUAGUCAUUUUGAUAGCUUAUUGAUUCAGGGAUUAAAUAGCACUUGAUCUUUAACUCUUGAGUAGAAAGUAAAUCGUGAUUCAAGAUUGAAAUACUCUAUUACUUAAAUAGCAAUCAUAUUAAUCCCUAAUGAAAGCCAAGAAGGCUUUGACUUCACUAUCACAGCAUAAGAAUAUUGCACCAGAUUUUCAAGAGUUGUUUUGUAUUUACCACCCUUGCUAGCUUGAUAAGUGUGUGUGCGCGCGCGUGUGUACAGACAUAUAUAGUAGUCAUCAGCUGAAGCUGGUAGGGCCACAUAUCAAUGUAUUAUCAGUCACAUGACUCGCACAGCUGCAACUCCUAUAUUCUACCUGACUUGAGUGUGUGUUUAAAGAAUUUAACAUUGCAAGCCACACCUUUUGAAUCAACUCCCCCUCUCUCCGACCUCUCUCCUUAACCCUAACUACCCCACCUCAUCCUUAAGUACUUGUAAGAAAGGGGGAAAAGUGGGGUGGGAAUUAAUUAUAAGAACCGUGGAGUAAAUAGGGUUGUUUUUUAAAUCUGAAAAGGGAGCUAGUUUGACAAUGGCAUAUUAUACUAUAUAUUGUUAUGCACACUGAUUAACGGCCCUUAAUUGGUUUCAGACCUCAGCUUAAAAAAAAAAUCUAAUGAACUCGCAAAUUAGAGACAAGAAAUGGAGAAACUAGGCAAUAACCCGUCGUCGUAGGGUUUGGAAUUCGAUAAUGAUUUUGCAGUUACAGUUAUCUACCUCUAUGCGGGCUAUUACUUUUACUGUUAAGCCAACAUACUUUUAAUAGCAACCUACAGUAGUGAAGUUGCGUGUAUAACUUACAAAUGUAAUUUAUGCAUGAAAAAAAAUGGCGUACUCUUCCUGUUACAGAUUAAUUAUUCAAGCGGGACAAACUUCUCAGCAAUCUCAAGGGUUUUGAGAGGGUUAGCAAUCAUAAGACGCAAUAUAAAAUUCUUAUUCAUAGCCAGUAAUUAAAAACUAGUCAGCGACGUAGAUCUAGACGAUUAUGAAUAGUUUGUUCACAACAACUAGAAUGUUUGAACAGUGCGUUAGAGAUAGUGAGGAGGCGCGGUGGCUGAGUGGUGAAGCCCUUGUCUUCCGAAUCAUGAGAUCACGGGUUCCAAUCACGAUGAAGAUUGAUAUUUUGAAUUUCGGGAUUUUUUUAGGACGCCCCAAAGUCCACCCAACUCUAAUGGAUACCUGAUAUUAGUUUGGGGAAAUUAAAGCGGUAGGUCAUUGUGCUGGCCACAUGAUACACUCGUUAACCGUCUGACAUAGAAACAGGUGACCACAUAAAUCGCAAGGUAUAAAUGAAUGCUUAUUGAGAUUGUGAACUUAAAAAAGAAAAUUAUUGUGUAAACAAAUUUUAUUUGAGAAUUUUCCUUUUUAUCAUUUGAGAAAUAUGGUAGACCUCAUAACUAACGAUACUUUAAAUCAUACUGUUCAAGUCUGGUGCUACCUACUGGUUGUUUGGCCCCGGGGGGGGGGGAUUGUAGGGAAGAUCUUUCGCAUUAAACGAACAAGUAACAGAUUAGAAGAUAUAGAAACUAUGUAUAGCACACGAUAUAUCUACAAUACAUUCAAAAUCAAAUAGCGUUUGUUUUUCGCAUGAGAUUUAUAACUGUUUAAAUCUUCCAACUAAGCCUAACCUUACAGUGAGUGUUUAAAUCUUCCAACUAAGCCUAACCUUACAGUGAGUGAAGCAUUUCGAAGCCACCAGAUGCUGUAUUGUUCUUUACCAAUUGCAUAGUUAUUCAAUCAAUGGUUCUCAAUCAAAAAAAAAAAAAAAAAAGCAAAACAA